GUACACUGCAAGCAGAAGAUGCAAGUGGAAUUUGAUUAUACUCGAGAUUGUUUUUAUUGUAGCAUAUGGAUUUUUUCUUUGGAAAAUUCUCGGAAACAUUUGUGAAGGAAUUUGGAGGCUCUUCGCUGAUGUAUUAAGCUAGGGUAGGAAGGAUUUAAAUGACCACAUUAUGAAAGAGCAACGCAAUGUACAGCACACGGGCAGCUCCAAAGGCCAGGAUUGAUUUUUAACUAUUUACAAUCUCUCUUGCGUCCACUCAAAAAAAAAGGAAGAGAGGGGGGAAAAUUGGCAUUCGCCUUCAUCCAGUCCAUAGGAAAGACGUCCUUCUCACUGGAAAUGGUGUUAUGGUAUGGAUAUUUUUAGACUGACUAGUGACAAGUAUGUGUCACAACCUAAGUGUAUAGGUAAAAAAGAAUGGAGAGACAUUUAGAGGAAGUUGUAGGAAAUCAGAUUCAAUGACUGGGAUAGGAGUUUGUUUUUAGUGAAUGUGCACCCAGGUGUAUCAGUUUACUAUAAACAGUGCUUGCUACGUCAUCCCUCUUAAAAACUUCAACUGUUCACUUUAAUAGUAGAUAUGUGUGUAAGUGGCAUGUGCUGUGUACAGUGAAUUAAUAGAGAACUGGACAGGCCUUUUUACAGAACUAUGUAACAGGGGGCUGAGUGUUUACACAUCACAGUGGUUCAGAAUAAACCGGGGGAGUUAUUGACAACCUGUAUGCAAGUGACACAGAAAACGACCCAACAACAUGCUUCAGUGCAAUUCAUAUGCAAUCGCCUUUCAUUGAUGAAAUAAGCAGAUCAAUCACAGAGGAAGGGGGCCAGCCUGAGAGAUAAGCCACUCAGUAUGACAGAGCAGUAAGGGAGAUAGGCAAAAAGAGUGGUCACCUCACACCAGAAUGACCAGAAGGGCCAAGAAGAACUGGACACCAAUGUCCUUGAAGGUUUAUUUGGACAGAAGGAUGUGGAUACAUUUUACUAGUCACUCACACAGGUAAUAAAGGAAUCUUGAUCUUCUGGAUCUAUGGUGGUUCAAGGCGAACAGAAGAAAAAAACUUUAAAUCAGGGAACUGUUAUAGACUUUUAUAAGGAUAUUUAUUCUACAAUGGAUUUGAGUAAUAAAGCUCAAACGAGUGCUCAGGGAUUACUGGCAGCUGCUGCCUCCAGUAUGGGGGCAUUGAACUUCAGUCAGGGGGAUACAUUUAGGGGGGACAGCCCCCUGGGUGGAGGGCGGAGUGGGACAAACGAUUCAUUUCCAUACGGACUGAGUGGUGUUGCUAUGCCAAAUUACGGGUACCCUAGUGAUCUAUACCAAUUUACCUCAAACGGUUAUCCUCGAAAGUCCCGCACUUGCAGCUACUGUGGGAAGGUGUUCACCAGAUCCACAACAAGACGUUAUCAUGAGAAGCGCUGUCCUCUUCUUCGAGCGGCAGUCUGCAGCAUGGUACCUCAAGAGGACACGAAGAAACUUGGAGCCAGCACGGCAUCCGAUCAUAGCGCUUCAUGGCCUCUGUCAUCAUCUUUAUCGGAAUCUCGGAAAUCAGGGGAAUCUAAAGUUGUUCAGUCAGGGAAAAUCUCCAACUCACUUAACAAAUCAUUACCUCCUCUCAUGACCCCUCCCUUUUUAAUGGAUCGGAAGUACCUCAAAGAGAUGGAAUCCGCGGGGUACCCAGGAGUCAUUGUCAAAAAAGAAGCUCAGGAACAUCGUACAUCUCAGGGCAGCAAACUGUACGACGCGUCAUCUGAUCUCUCCUCCUCUCAUUACAUGACCGAGCCCCGGAGGUCACCUCACCUCAAGCGAAGCGAAACUCGGGGUCAUUCAGUGUCCCCUUACAGCACCUCGGCAGGACUGGACCUGUCCAAAUCCCCCUCAGGAGCCUCACAUGAUGAUGCCAGCUCAGUCACACACGAGGACCAAUAUCAAAGGGAACUCAUUCAGGAAGAACUGCAGAGAGAACAUGGAAAGGUGGAAAAUGGUCGGGAUGUAGAUACAGAAAAAGAUCUGGCAGCGAACGAGAGGAUGAAAAGAGGAGAGCGAAGUACACAGCCUGGUCAAGAUGAUUCAGACUUAAUGGAUAUUAAUGAACCUACCUCAAUGCCAGUGUCACAGGAUGCUUCUCUCUAUUCAGCAACAAAUGGCGAGAACAGGAUAGACUCAAAAGAGGGUGUGGAAGGAGGGGAAACCAAAUGUGAAAUCUGUGGUAAGAACUUCCCUUCAUCCUGGCAGCUUCAUGUACACAAACAGAUCCACACCAAAUUUAAGCCGUAUGCCUGUCGAUUUUGUGGGGACAGGUUCUCGAAGGCAGGACUGAGAAUUACCCAUGAAAGAGCUCACUUAGGAGAGGUUGCUUUUACUUGCGCUUUAUGUACAAUCUCUUUCAAUAGCAAAAGCAGCCUCCAACUACACAUCAAGAGCCAGCAUGCAGAGAGUCCUUGGACCUGCAAGCACUGCGGAGAGACAGUGGAAGCUCAGAAUGAUCUGAUCAGCCAUUUACAGAGUCACAGUCUAACCAAGGAGGAGCAGGAGUCUCUGCAGUACAUGCCUGGGGCCCCAGGAAGUGGUGACUAUGACGACGAUUCACUGGAAGAUGGAGAUGAAGAACAGGAGACAAUGGACUCUGAAGCCCUGUCAGACUCCAUCGAGGCCUCGCCAGAGAGAGAGGUUGAAAACCUGGAACAGACACCCAACUCCUCAGGACUGGCAGACUCGGACGAACCUAAGGAGAUGUGCAGUAUAUGUGGGCAUGAGUUUCCUGCAAGUCACAUGGCAUUUCAUAUGAAGGUCCAUGAAGGUCAAAAGCCCUAUAGCUGUCCUAUCUGUGGUAAAAGAUUUGGCUACAAAAACAACAUGAAAUCUCACAUUAAGCUACACGCAGGCAUCAAGCCUUACCAGUGCUCAAUUUGUGGAGCUAAAUUUACCCGAGGAUCAACCCUGCGCAGACACGCCCGUCGUCAUGGUAUAUCGGCUGAAAGCGUCUGGGACCUCUUUGUGAAAAACAGCGCAUCUUCUCAGGAAAACAUGCUACCACCUACAAACGGCAGCAACGGCACUCCUCUUAAAAACAACAGCAACAGCAUGCCUCUGCAUGCUUCACCAGAUGAGCGCAAGGAGGAAGUCGCUCCUUAUGCUGACUCAGCAUACAACAGUUUCUUCAACGCACCUACCUCAGUUGCAAUGUCAAAUGCAUUAUUUAUGAGUUACCAGAAUCACCAGGCGGCUGUUGCUGCAGCGGCCUCGUCAUUUCCGUCUAUUUUUAAUACCUCAUUACCGACCUCUACCUCAGAGAUCCCUCUCCGAUCCUCGGCCGGAUUUUUGGAGACUAGUCACCACACACCUCAAGCUGAUGCCCUCAACCUCAGCAUUCAAAAAGCAGAGAAAAUUAGAAGCAGUGAAAGUCAGGAAAACAUCCUCUCUCCUCCUACCUCAGAUGAAAAACCCUGGGCGGUAACAGGGUCAAGUGUUCUAAGGCCAUCUGUUACCCUGGCACCAGGAAUCAAAGCUAACUCAGUGGACAUUGGUAUUCAGGUUAAUAAAUGCUGCAAAAGCAGUCUAGAGCCACUCCCAGAAGAGGUAAGGAGUCCAAGUGAAGCCAGCGUUCAUUCAGAUCACAGCGGCUCCACCUACCAGCAGGUUUCCAGCUCAGGGUUAGACAACUCCACAGAGAGUAUAUCAACACUACUUGCCACUGGUAGGCUCUACAAAUGUGACCACUGUGAGUGCUACUUUUCGGAGUACGCAAUGUAUCGUAUUCACAGCAAGCUGCAUGCUCGAGGUGGAGACCAGAAGCCCUUCGCCUGCCCUGUGUGUGAUGAAAACUGCCAAGACAAGACUUACUUCUGCAUGCAUAUUGCAGAUCAUCUGAGAUAAAGCUCAGAUCGGUUAAAACGAACUAUAGUAUAUACCUCAACGUUCUGUAUUUUUCAGUGCAUUUGUGUAUUUUUGUUACAUUUAUCAUAUUUGUAUGAAUGUGUCAUAGUUAAGAAGGGUAAUAUGUAAAUGCCCCAGAUAUUUACAUUUUUUGUCAAUGAUAUAUGUAGUACCUCAUUCAAUUUUUUUUCUGAAGUGUUGUUGAGAAUGAUCUGUCAAGGGGAAUAACUCCAGUUUAUCUCUUCAUUAUUUGAUAUACCUCAUCUGUUGUGUGAAUUUGUGAUGUUUGUUGAUUAAGUAAGCAGCAAAACUAAUUGUUUAUUUAUGGUUUUUGUUAAUAUAUAUAUAUU